UCCUGACCAAAGGAGGAAGUGCCAGAUCACAGGGCUCAGAGCUAUCUGGUGCUGCACAUCACAGACAGAAACUGCUGUCAGUUUUCAGUUGUCUCUGUAACAGCAGAAACUGUCCUCGCUAGAAGUGGCCUGAAUUCAAAAUGCUGAAGAGGAAGCCAUCCAAUGCCUCAGAGAAGGAGAAACAGCAAAAACCAAAGCGCAGCAGCAGUUUUGGGAAUUUUGAUCGUUUUCGGAAUAAUUCCACAUCAAAAUCUGAUGACUCAACUGAGGUCCAUGAAGGGGAAGUAACAAAUGGAAGUGAAGAACAAAAGAAAACUUCAAAUAAUGGAGCAAAUCUAGGUAAAAAAAUGAGGACUAUUUCAUGGACAAUGAAGAAGAAAGUGGGGAAAAAAUACAUCAAAGCCCUUUCUGAGGAAAAAGAGGAGGAAAAUGGAGAGGAAGCCCUCCCAUAUCGGAACAGUGAUCCCAUGAUUGGAACACAUACAGAGAAGAUCUCCCUCAAACCCAGCGACUCUAUGGAUAGCCUCUACAGUGGGCAGAGUUCUUCAAGUGGAGUAACGAGCUGUUCAGAUGGAACAAGUAACAGGGACAGUUUCCGGCUGGAUGACGACAGCCCCUACUCAGGGCCGUUCUGUGGCCGGGCCAGAGUGCACACAGACUUCACACCAAGUCCUUACGACACCGACUCCCUCAAAAUCAAGAAAGGAGACAUCAUAGACAUUAUCUGUAAAACACCGAUGGGAAUGUGGACAGGGAUGCUGAACAAUAAAGUGGGGAACUUCAAAUUCAUUUAUGUGGAUGUUAUCUCAGAAGAGGAAGCAGCUCCCAAGAAAAUAAAGGCGCCCAGAAGCAAUAAAAGAGAGAGUGCCAAGACUCUGCAGGACUUCUUAGAGAGGAUUCACCUUCAGGAAUAUACUUCAACAUUUCUGCUCAAUGGUUAUGAGACCCUGGAAGACUUGAAGGAUAUUCAAGAAAGUCAUCUUGUUGAAUUAAACAUUGCCAAUCCAGAAGACAGGAUGAGGCUACUCUCUGCUGCUGAGAGUCUCCUGGAUGAGGAGACCACUGAAGAGCAAGAAAAUGAAUCUGUGCCUCUGUCCUUAAGACCAGAUGUUUUAAGUAAGUCACAGUUAGAUGACUGCCCAAGGGACUCUGGCUGUUAUAUCUCAUCAGGAAACUCGGAUAAUGGCAAAGAGGACCUGGAGUCAGAAAAUCUGCCUGACAUGGUACAGAAGAUUGCCAUCACAGAACCCAGUGACUGAACACACAUUCACAUCUCCUUAUCUACAGAGGAAUUCCAUUUGAACUCUUCAUCUGCUACAAGAUCAAACGGAAAUGUUUCAAAUGCAUCCCAAAGUGCAAAUUGUUUUAAUAUGAAUGAUUGCACAUACAAAUUUAUAUCUCUAAAUUUCCAGUGAGUGUGUGUAAAAUGUAUAUUUAUUAAAUACUAUGUGUUAUAGUUCAUCUACCUAUAUUAGAAAAAUGAUAUAAUGCAAGAUACCAUGCCUGUGCAUGGUAUAUGCUGUACUUACCUUUAUUUCACAAGUGUAUAAAUAUAAAAAUAUAACCAUGAAAACUGUGUAUUUAUAUAUAUUAUUGAAUAUAUUAUAGAAGGUAUUUCAGUUGAACUGAUUUCUACAGACAGCAUAUACAUUUUUUUUAAUUGCUGGAAAACGUAGUCUGAGAUUAGAUACUUUGUUCUGAUCAAAGGUGGAGUUUUACUAACGAUUUUCUGUUUAUUUCUUCAUUCUGUUAUCUAAUAUGCAGAUGGAGUUAACAAUACACUUUCUGCUUUGAUUUAGUGAAAAUAAUUGUAGAGGUAUUUUAUUUUUAUAUGUAAAUAUUUUUAAUUUUUCUCAACCAUAAUAAUAAAAUAUACCAUGUACAUAUUGUAUUUACAAGGCUAAAGUUACUUAAGGUAUUUUAAUAUUAUAUUUUAGAGUAGUUUCUGUUAGAACAUGUUGUAUAGUCAGUCCUCAGUUAGGAAACUAUGGAUUCUGAAAGCAUCUUCUAAUCCCAGAUCCAUGUAACUGAACUCGUGAAUACUCCAGAUUUCAGCUUGACAUGCUCAAACAUUUCAUUUUCACUGUAAAAUUGUCUCUCCUAUUUUCUUUCUACCCCAUCAUUUUUUUUAAACCAAGAGCUAGUUACUGAGAUGGAAAGUUAUUUUAUUCUUUGAUCUGCUUUUAUCUUCCUCAGACAAAUUCACAAAUGUGGAUCCUACCUCUUGAAAUUCUUGUAAUAUUUAUAACAUCUCAUCCAUUCCCAGGACUCCUGUCACAUUUCGGACUCUUGUGUGGAAUGUUGUAAUGUCUUUCCAAUAGAUAUCCCAUCUUCAAAUCUAUCCCCACAUAGUCUCUAGAAAAAUAUUCACGACUCAAAUAAAAUCAUUCUCCUUGCUUAAAACA